CGGGGGCUGUGACCAGCCCUUGCUGCCGGGAAGGAGGCGAGGCGCGGUGGGGGCGGCAGCAGCAGCCCGCCCCCUCGCUCCAUGGCCGCGCAGUGAGCAGGAGCGGGGCACAGUGGCCGCGGCUCUGGAGCUGGCGCUGCGCGGGGAAGAAGCGAGCGAGCCGCCGCCCGCGCGCAAGGGUCGCCCGGCCGGCCGCGCGGCGCAGCAUGCGCCCGGCUGCUGCCUUCUGAUGCCCAGCCCCGCCGCGAUGAUCUCCCCCGAGCAGCCGCCGCAGCCCAACCAUGUUGUCGCGACCAUCGAGAACCUGCCGGCGGAGGGCGGCGCCGGCGGCAGCGGCAGGAGCAGCAUCUCCGCCUCCUCCUCCCCGGGCGUGCGCCAGCGGCUCCGCAAAGUGCUGAACAGGGAGCUCUUGCUGUCUGUGGCUCUUGGCCAGGUUUUGUCCCUUCUUAUCUGUGGCAUUGGCCUGACCAGCAAGUAUUUGUCAGAGGAUUUCCAUGCCAACACUCCUGUUUUUCAGAGCUUCCUCAAUUACAUCCUCCUGUUUUUGGUCUACACCACUACACUAGCUGUCAGACAAGGAGAAGAAAACUUGCUGGCAAUUUUGAAACGGAGAUGGUGGAAGUACAUGAUCCUGGGGAUAAUAGAUAUAGAAGCCAAUUACCUAGUAGUCAAAGCUUACCAAUACACCACUCUUACUAGUGUACAGCUCCUAGAUUGUUUUGUUAUCCCAGUGGUGAUAUUACUGUCCUGGUUCUUCCUGCUGGUCCGAUACAAGGCAGUUCAUUUCAUUGGAAUUGUGGUCUGCAUUCUGGGCAUGGGCUGUAUGGCAGGAGCAGACGUCCUUGUCGGGAGACAACAAGGAGCAGGUGAAAAUAAGCUGAUAGGGGAUCUCUUAGUACUAGGUGGAGCAACACUCUACGGCAUCUCCAAUGUUUGUGAGGAGUACAUUGUCCGAAACAUGAGUCGGGUGGAGUUCUUGGGCAUGAUUGGGCUGUUUGGCUCCUUCUUCAGUGGAAUUCAGCUUGCAAUAAUGGAACACAAGGAGUUGUUAAAAGUUCCCUGGGAUUGGCAAAUAGGGUUGCUGUAUGUCGGCUUUAGUGCCUGUAUGUUUGGCCUCUACAGCUUCAUGCCAGUGGUCAUUAAGAAAACCAGUGCUACUGCAGUCAACCUCUCCCUGCUCACAGCCGACCUGUACAGCCUAUUCUGUGGAUUAUUCCUCUUUAACUACAAGUUUUCAGGACUUUAUCUGCUGUCAUUCUUUACUAUCCUUGUUGGGCUGGUGCUGUACUCCUCCACCUCCACGUACGUAGCCCAGGAUCCACGGGUGUACAAGCAGUUUCGAAACCCUUCAGGACCUGUUGUAGACUUGCCAGCAACCGGACAGCUGGAACCUUCAGUAACGUAUACCAGUCUAAGCCAGGAGACAGAAGAGGAGCCUCAUGUCAGAGUUGCCUAAUCCCAGGCACUUGUCUCCCACUGAUGAUUUCAGUAGAGUUUGUAUAUCCAUGAUCCCUGUAUUGUACAUAGAGAAAGGUAUUUACUGGGUACGGUUACACAGGUGAGCUUCAAGGUAGCAAAUAGGAAAAGCCUGUAAAAGUUAGAAACUAAUUGUCACUAGGUGUACAUUGCGAAGAGAUGCCAGUCCCUUAUUUAGUAGUAUGCUGGCCUCAACAGAAUGUUCUAUGUGAAUCGCUCACUAUCAAACUACCUGUGAAGAUAUUCAAAAUGCAAGCUGAAAUUACACAGAAAUCAAAAGGGUAUUUUUGCACCUAUUGUGUGAUACUUUGCCAAGGCCACACAGAGUUGUGGAAAAGCCACAUUUUUACAGCAAGUCCACUUGUACAGUCACUGUUAUUUUCUCUCUUUUUAAAAUGUAUUUGUUUUGCACAAAUAAGUGGGAUACUUCUGGUAGCUACACCCUGAUGCAUUUUUGGUAGCACCUGGAUCUUUUGGGAGAAAGGAUUAAUGAGUUCAGCUGUACUAUCUAUCUGGUAGCCCACCUUAUAUGUAAUCUCUGCUCUGAGUGCAGGGGAGGGACAAUUUACAAUAUCAGUCUCUAUUCUAGGAAUAGGUGUAAAAUGAGCAUUUUAGCCUUUCUAUAUUUACAGAAGUGAAUUACUGAAGCAUUGACCUUUUUAUGUUUCAUGGAGGAUUUCCUGGUGGCUGAGGUUCUGUACCAGGUGACACGGGAAUUACAUUUCUGUAGCUCUGUCUAACCUGCAGAAACAAAACAGAACACAUUUCUUACUUUUAAAAUUAAAUCUGUAACAAAUUUUCAUUUUCUAUUUUCCUAGAUAUUGUAGCUCUCAUUGGUGAUGAUAUAUCAGUCAGACCAGGGCAUUUAUUUUCAAUGCUCAGUGCAUAUUCAGGAGCCUUCUACUAUUCCAGUUCUCUCAGUCCUGUGGUACAGGAGGCUUUGACUUCCUUUUCCUAACCAUGCUAAUCUGGAAAUAUGUAAAUUUUUCAUCAGAACCUUCUUGUGCCACAAUCAUAAAUAUUAGUAUGAUAAUGUAGUGAACUCAUGAAUAUUAAGAAUAAGACCGACCCAUCUGCUGGUGGUACUGCAGCAGCAUGAUGGUAUUCAUGCCAGAGAGGUGUAGCCAAUUAUUUUUCAUUUAUCUACAAAAGUAGAAGAAUUUAGCAGUGUUCUGAUAUUCAUCAGGGAAUGUGACAGUCCCUCUAAAAUAAGGGUGUGCUCUACCACUGUACUUCUGCUGCAGGAAACUCAUCAGAAAUGUGGAGCAUUUAAAACACUUCUAUGGAAUCUGAAGCAGAACACUGCAAAUCUGUAACCUGUCUUGAUUUUUUUUUUCCCUUUUAAGAGCACAGUGAAAGACAAAAGUCAUUGCUUCAUACAUCGUCAGUCCAUUUUCCUCUUAAAAUUAAGGAAAGGAAGGAUAGUCUUGUAUUUAAAGGACAGGAUAGAGAUUCAAGAGAGCUCAGUUUUAUUCACAGAUCUGCCACAGACCUCUUGUGUGAUCUUAGACAUGUCAUUUAACCUCUGUGUGGCUUAGUUUCCUAAUCUGUGUAUACAGGGAUAGUAAUUCUUUACCUCCCUCACAGGAGUAUUUUUACCUCUCUCACAGGACUAAAUUUUUUUAAAAGUGCUUUAAGAUCUUCAGAAAGAAGGAGCCAAGGAAGUAGGACAUAUUAUUAUAAUAGCUUUUAUAUAUUCAUUGUAUUGGAAAACAGGGUUUGCAGCAAGGUUGUGGUAAAUUGCUGCAUUUUCUGCUGGUGGGCAUAUGAAAUGUAUUUUAGUUGAAUGACAUUACUCUGAAGAAGUCAGUUUUAAAUGAAAAUGUAGGGCUUUCUGUAAAAAAAAAUACAACUCACCUAUUUCUAUGAGAAAAAGAAACUGUACACUCUUGAGAUUGGAAAAGGCCAGGCAAAUCAACCAAGCAGGAUGGAUUUCUGCUGAAAUAAUAAUUGUCUUAUAGUCUUGUUCUGCAAAGCUAUAAAAAGGACUUCUCUGAAGCAGCCUGAGGGAACUUUGCAUACAAGUAUAAAAAUGGCGACGUGCCAAUAUGCUAAUAAAUUACUGACUAUCUGUUUAAUCUCAUUCUUCCUGUUGAUGAGGAAGAGAGACACAGUCUGUCUCAUCAUGAUUAUGCUGCCUUCUAUGAUCCCACUGCAGUUGAAAAAGAGGGGAUUGUAAUAUUGUCAAACCCCCCCCCACACACACACACAUGUUCAGAAAUCAUGAGAUUUAAAAAAAAAAAAGUUGGGUUCUUUUUAUUUUGCUUCUGGUUGGGAGCUUUUAGUGGUCAUGUUUUCAGGCUUUUCCCUGCAACCAUAAGGGCUGGAAACCUUAAAAAGAAGAAGAAGAAAAAAAAGCUGAGAUUUCCAUAUAAUAUGACUCCAGGAUCUGGGGCUUUAAGAGAAACUGCAAAUAUAGUGAGAUUCACACUCUAAAAUUACAAGAGUUGGUGACACUGAGAUUUUUCACAUUCAUCUCUGUUUGUUUGACCUCUCCAUUCCCAGUUAAGACCUCAAAAUAGGUUUUAAGUGGGACAUAGGUGACCCGUCAAUUCAUCCUUGUGCAGAGGGCCAGCACAAGACCAAGGAACCACUGAAGUCCUCAAAUCAGGGCUUAACUGGUGCAUGGGCUUUGUGUAGUCACUGUACAGUUCAAGCCCCUGCAAUAUGUUCUCGUUACAACUGUCAUUGUUCUCUCAGGUACCCUAAAAAGCAUUGGUGGGCACCUGUCAUCUCCCAGUCUUUUUGCUACCUUUUAUACCAAUUAAAUACCUUUCUCUGCGCAUUAUUCCCAAGUUAGUCUUGAGACCUCUGAAGACUGGGAGUGUAUGUGUGCAUGUUUGUUUCAUGUUUACAUUCCUUCAUUUUACAUAAUUAUUUUGGUUUACUUCAUUCUUAGUAUUUAUUUUCUAAGCCAAAUGUUUUUAGUCUUUUUCUCUCUCUUCUCUCAUUUUUAUUACAAUAAUUUGUAGAUGUUUAUUAAAGUCUUACUAGGAACAACUGGAUCGAAGGCAUAUCCAGGUCAGCUCACUGACCCAGGAGUUUAUGCAUAUAAGGGUUUGAAAUCAACUGAUGGCUAAGAGGUGCCAUCUGAAACAAUUGUUAUGGGAUAACUUAAAUGACUUAAUUGUAUGGAAAUAAAUUGCAACUGUUCACAUAUGCACUGUGCACUCAACAACCAUCCUGUGUGUUCUUGCACAUGAAGAGAUUCAUGGUAUUGGGAUAAUUUAGUAUGGGGUUGAUUUUUUUUAUUUUUAUUUUUAUUUUGUUUUUUUGUCUCCAGCUAAAGAGGAUGUGUUGAAUUGUUCCAAUUUGCCAAUAAUGGAUGGACCUCAAAGGAAAACAGUAGUAUAGCUUUACAAAUACGCUGUUGAAUGAAAGCUGAGGUCCAGCAGGGAAAACUAUUAUUUCUAGAUGUUUAAUUUCCUGCAAUUCCAGACCUCAGUGGACACCAGCAAGGUUCAGCUAUCCGACUGGCAGCAACUCUACUGGUUGAAUUAGGACUUCACCAGCUCUGUGUAUAUCUUUUUCUUGAACAAACUGAAGCUCUGCUACCCAUUGGCGGUGAGGAGUCCUUAGCAAGGCUGAUGUAAUUUUCUGCUACUGGAUGGAGACCUGCACUGGGAGUCAGAACUUGUCCUUUUUUCCAGCUAUAAACUUUUAAAAUACACAACAAUAGACAAAGCAAUUGAAAAUUUUGCACCACUGUGUCAUAUGGAAAAGUUUCAAUGUAUAGUUUAGAUAUUGCUAACUUGUGCUAUUAACAUUUUGACAAGCGUGUAGUAUUGUUUUCUUUCCCUUUUAAAAAAAUUAGUAUUCCCAAGCUAGCUACAAAUAUAAAUUUUACCCCAUGGGUAGAAUUUUAUUGUUAAAUGUCAUAAUUAAGCACACUAAUUUUGGCACUGCAAAUGGAAAUGUGAACCAAAACCAAUCAAACAAAAACACUCCGACCCCAAACUCCUGCACUAAGCUGAACAAACCUUUCUCUGUUUUGAUAUUUGCAUGCUCCUAUAUGGACUGGCUGUGGCAAUGUAAUGCCUGUAUAAUGUUUUCAAAUAAAAAAUAAAUGCUUUAUGAAACAGG